AUGUCUACGAUGCUAUGGGUUGUCGUUGCUGCGGUGCUGCUGUUUGUGCUGCCUGUGGUGCGGGUUCCUAUGCUUGACUUGACGAGGAGGAACAUCAUCAGAUGGCAGCGAGGCGGGAUACAGAAGUAUACCACGCGGUACUAUGGGUUUUUCCACCCAUAUUGCAAUGCAGGAGGUGGUGGUGAGAAAGUUCUGUGGAAAGCGGUUCAGGAGACGCUACUUUACGACCCCAAUUGUUCCAUUGUGAUCUACACUGGUGACGUGGACAGCAGUCCCAAAGAGAUUAUUGCGAAUGUGAUCAAGCGGUUUGACUAUGAGAUGGAUUUCAAUAGGGUUCAGUUUGUGUUUUUGAAGUACAGGAAGUGGGUGGAUGGCAGUACGUGGAAGCAUUUGACUUUGGUCGGACAGGCUAUGGGAUCGAUGCUGCUAACCAUCGAAGCUCUCCUUCGUUUUGUUCCAGAUAUAUGGCUGGACACUAUGGGUUACCCAUUUGGGUACCCCGUGGUUCGUUGGCUUGCAGGCUUGCCUGUGAUGACUUACACACAUUAUCCGGUGAUAUCCUCUGAUAUGAUACACAAGAUCGAGAUAGAGAAUCAGAAACAGCCAUCCAAGAAAGGAACUUUGAAACUAAUCUAUUGGAAACUAUUUAUGAAGUGGUACCAGUAUGUGGGAAAAUUCGUUGAUGUAGCAAUCACAAACUCAACAUGGACCGGUAAUCACAUAAGAUCAAUUUGGAAGAGGGUCAAGAUAAAAGUUAUGUAUCCACCAUGCUCGACUGAGAAACUGGUUAAGAACUCUUCGCCUACUGCAUACGAGACAAGACAAAACCAAGCAGUUUUAAUUGCCCAAUUUAGACCCGAGAAGAGACACAAGUUAGUGAUACAAGCAUACUCUGAUUUUAUCAGCAGAACUGCAAGCAAGGACCACUUCAAACUGGUGCUCAUAGGGUCGACUAGAUCUGAAGAGGAUAGGGCUUAUGUCGAAACUUUGAAAAGCUGGGCAUUUGAUACACUGAAAAUACCGAAAGAAUCAUUAACGUUUAAGACAGAUUGUAGUUACGAUGAUAUUAAGAAAUUCCUUGCUGAGUCAACCUUUGGUAUCAAUGCAAUGUGGAACGAACAUUUCGGUAUUGCAGUUGUAGAAUACGCAGCAGCAGGUCUAAUCUCGCUAGUGCAUGCCUCAGCUGGACCCUUACUAGAUAUAAUAGUUCCCUGGGAUUCUGCAAAGAAACAGCAAUUGCCUUAUAGUGAUUCUACAAAAGACACGAGAACUGGUUUAUUCUUCAAGGACAAGAGUGAUCCUGAUUAUAAGCCAACAGAUGCACAGUUCAACAACUAUGGCUCUCUGGCAGAUAUAUUUGAAGAAGCCAAUAGCUUAAGCAUAGCUGAGAGAAAACAGAUAUCAGAAAGAGCCAAGGAGUGUGCGUCAAACAAAUUCUCUGAUAAUACGUUUAACCAUGCAUGGGAUCACGCACUUGAUGAGUUAGAACAUAAGACCUCCAGACUGGGAUCCAAUUAA